CCUGCACUCGUUUUGGAGGUUAGGGAGGGACUAAGAGCGUACAGAAGUUAAAAACUCAGAGAGUGUGUAUAGAGAGAGCAGACAGUAUGGAUACCCUGGCUUUAGAGGCCACGCUGCCCAAGAAGGCCCAGAACGGGUCGGUGGGAGCAUUACCCGGCCUGCCCGCCCCGGCCAAACGCAAACCCGCUAAAAAGACUAAGAAAGCUGUGGUCUUUUUCGAGGUGGAGAUUCUGGACGCCAAGACAAAGGACAAGCUCUGCUUCCUGGACAAGGUUGAGCCCAAUGCCACCAUCGGAGAAAUCAAGUCCAUGUUCCACAAGAGUCACCCUCAGUGGUAUCCGGCCCGCCAGUCCAUUCGUCUGGAUCCCAAGGGGAAAUCCCUGAAGGACGAGGAUGUUCUCCAGCAUCUACCGGUGGGAACCACUGCAACCUUCUACUUCAGAGACCUGGGAGCCCAGAUCAGCUGGGUCACGGUGUUUCUGACGGAGUACGCCGGUCCUCUGCUGAUUUAUCUGAUGUUUUACUUCAGAGUCCCGUUCAUUUAUGCGCCUAAAUAUGACUUCACCACCAGCAAACACUGGGUCGUACAUUUGGCAUGUAUGUGUCAUUCCUUCCACUACGUUAAGAGACUUUUGGAAACGUUGUUCGUCCAUCGCUUCUCACACGGGACUAUGCCUCUCCGAAACAUCUUCAAGAACUGCACGUACUACUGGGGAUUUGCAGCUUGGAUGGCGUAUUACAUCAACCACCCUCUGUACACGCCACCCAUCUAUGGAGAGCAGCAGAUCAGACUGGCCCUCAUCCUGUUCCUGUUCUGUCAGAUCGGGAACUUCUCCAUCCACAUCGCUCUGAGAAAUCUCAGACCACCUGGAUCUAAGACCAGGAAGAUCCCGUAUCCGACUAAAAACCCCUUUACCUGGAUCUUCCUGCUGGUGUCCUGCCCCAACUACACGUAUGAGAUACGAAACAUAUGGAAGCUCGUUUCCGCCACAGAAUAA